AUGUACAAAACAACAAAACUCGGGAAUUAUUCUGAAAAAUUGCAAAAAGCUGAAUUGAGCACGAGCGAAGCGCGAGAUUCGAUCAAAUUGAAUCGACAGCGACAUAAGAAAUCACCGAAAUCGGAAAGGUCUGAAUCGCAACACACCGAAGUUAUUCAUGUGCCGAUCGGAAAAGCUGCGUUGGGUCAUCGCGGGCAAUUGGGAAAAGUUUUCAACCAGCAAUUAACGCACCUCGGCAGAGCCUCAUUGGUCACGUUAUCGCCCCAGCGCAAAGCUGUCGAACCACCUCGACAAACACCAUCUGGCACAGAUUUUCAGCAAGCCCUUAUCAAAGGCAAACUCUACAAGACUGGAUUUUAUCCGCCGCUGCAAUACCGGGAUCCAACGGGCUUCAAGAUAUUCUAA